AGUCCAUUAAGGGGAAAGGGAGAGCAAAUGAGUACGCAAUUUUCACGACGACAUUACAAAUAAAAGGCUAAGACGCAGACAAGGCCCGAGGACGUUAGAUUUCUCGCUAUCAACCAUGACAACAAUCCGUAGGUUUUGCUGCGAUGACCUCCUUCGAUUCAGUUCCGUUAACUUGGAUCAUCUCACUGAAACUUUCAAUAUGUCAUUUUAUCUCACAUACUUGGCGAGAUGGCCGGAUUAUUUCCACGUUGCUGAAGGCCCUGGCAAUCGGAUUAUGGGAUAUAUCAUGGGUAAAGUUGAGGGACAGGGUGAGUCUUGGCAUGGUCAUGUGACAGCAGUGACUGUUGCUCCUGAGUUUCGGCGGCAGCAGCUAGCAAAAAAACUCAUGCACUUGUUGGAAGAAAUCAGUGAUAAAACGUAUAAUGCAUAUUUUGUUGAUCUGUUUGUGAGGGCCUCUAAUUCACCAGCAAUAAAGAUGUAUGAAAAGCUGGGGUAUGUGAUAUACAGACGUGUAUUGCGCUAUUACUCGGGUGAGGAGGAUGGCUUAGAUAUGAGAAAGGCAUUGCCAAGAGAUACUGAAAAGAAGUCCAUUAUUCCUCUCAAAAGACCAGUGACUCCAGAUGAACUUGAGUACGAUUAGCUGGAAAUCUAAAUGCUAUUGUUAGGAUGAACUGGAUUACAGUGCGUUUGCUAGAGAAAUUUGGUAUGCAGGUUUAUGGUGAUGUUGAGAAAAAUAUGGUGGGAUGGUACAAGCAUGACAUCAUUUGUAUUUCUACAAAGCUAUCGUUAUGUUAACAAUUGACUGGUGUCUUUUUAGGAUAUUAGUUAACAUGAUUUUUACAGAUUUGGCCACACUUAAACAAAUUAUGCAAAUGAAAUUAUAAUAAUUUUGUUUAGUGACAAAUAAGAGGUCAAUGAGACAGAGGCAUAACAGCUUACAAGCUACAAUCAAUGAUAGAGUACAUGAAAUAUAUCCUUCUUUGUCUACUAAACAACUGUAACUGAUCGAUAGAAAAAUGGUACUGCUUGUUCCUGUCAAA